AUGGUGAUUGCUGAUGAAAAAAAUGUGGAUGUGUCAGCCGCAAUUAGCAAAUAUGAGGCAAGGAGACGUCAGAUUGAAGCUGAGGAAGCGAAAAAUAGACGAGAAGGACUUAUUUCUGAUGAAGAGGAUGCAAGCAUAGAUGAAGUGUUCAUAUCGGCGAGAUUACGUCGCAAAGAAAAGAUGCAUCGAAGAGCUCUACUCAAACAGGUUUUGCAUCCAAAAACUGGUGGUCGCGUUAUCGGUGCGGAAGAGUCUCGUGAAGAUAUAGCUGAAUUCUUCGAACGAAAACGACAGAAAAAAGAGGAAGAGAAGAAGGCUGAAGAAGCAAAGAAGUCACUGCUGGAGAAGCAUAAUGAGUUGGUGGAAGCCGAAACGGAUGAUUCAAAAGAUACCGAAAUGCGUAAACGUGAAGCCGAGGAAAAACUUCUGGAAAGCGUUGCGCCAACAACAGCGCUAAUGGCUGUAGCAGAAAUAGCUGGUGGGGUGAAGUAUGAAGAAUCUAUCAAAACAAGCUGGCGCCCACCCAGACACAUCUUAUCGAUGAACGAGGCGGAACAUGCAGCAAUAAGGAAGAAGAAAGGAAUUCUUGUUGAUGGCGAAGACGUUCCUCCACCUAUUGGAAGUUUUAUUGAAAUGAAAUUCCCACCUAUAAUAAUUCAAACGUUACGAGAAGGUAAAAUAAUAUGUCCGACAGUUAUUCAAAUGCAAGGCAUUCCUGUUGUCUUGUCGGGUCGUGACAUGAUCGGUAUUGCGUCAACUGGAUCUGGCAAAACGUUAACCUUUGUGCUACCGUUAGUGAUGUUCUGUUUGGAGCAGGAAAUUUCUCUGCCUUUUAGGCAUGGCGAAGGACCGUAUGGGCUUAUCAUCGUUCCUUCUCGUGAGUUGGCUAAGCAAAUUCACGAUGUUAUCGAGCAUGUGUUCGAGUCGAUUGCCGAUGGAUUACCGAGAUUGCGUGUUGGUCUUUGUAUUGGUGGACUACCAAUUGGAGAGCAGGCGCGAAUCUUUGAAAGAGGUGUACAUGUGGCUGUGGCAACGCCUGGACGAUUAUCGGAUCUUUUGGGCAAGAAAAUCUUCAAUUUGCAAGUAUGCCGAUACUUGGUUUUGGAUGAAGCCGAUCGCAUGCUCGAUAUGGGUUUUGAAGAGGAAAUACGAACGAUCUUCUCUUUCUUCAAAUGUCAACGUCAAACGCUGCUCUUUUCGGCCACAAUGCCUCGUAAGAUUCAGAAUUUUGCACGGUCCGCGCUAGUUCGUGCAAUUAUCGUAAACGUUGGUCGUGCAGGCGCAGCAUCUUUAAAUGUCCUUCAAGAGAUCGAAUACGUUCGCGCUGAUGAGAAGCUUACACGAAUACUCGAUUGUCUACAGAAAACGUCACCACGCGUGCUGAUAUUCGCUGAGAAGAAAAGUGAUGUGGAUAACAUUUAUGAAUAUUUAUUGGUGAAGGGCGUCGAUGUGGCUUCUCUACACGGUGGAAAAGAUCAAAAAGAUCGGCAUACUGGCGUUGACGCGUUCAGACGUGGUGAGAAGGAUGUUCUGGUGGCCACAGAUGUGGCAUCAAAAGGACUUGAUUUUGAGAAUAUUCAACAUGUGAUCAAUUUUGAUAUGCCCGAGGAUAUCGAGAAUUACGUGCAUCGUAUCGGAAGAACAGGUCGUUCGGGUCGUAAAGGAAUGGCCACAACGUUUAUAAAUAGACGUGCAGAUAUGUCCGUGCUACAAGAUCUUCGUGCGUUGUUGCUGGAAGCAGGCCAAGAGUUGCCGUUGUUCCUUCGAGACAUUGCCGAUGAGGACGCAGUGCAGAGCAGUGGUGCAGCUGAUGGCGAAGACAAAGGGUGUGCCUACUGCUCGGGUCUGGGACAUCGCAUCACAAAUUGUCCGAAACUUGAGAGUAUUCAAACGAAAACUGCUGCACAUCUUGGACGACCCGAUUAUGGCGCUGAUGGAAUCUGA